GCCAUUGGUGGAUGGCUGUGCUCAUUAGCAUAAGCUCCAGUUUAUAGGCGGCCUGUAAAGUUGAAGCUGCCACUGAUUCAUUCUGACAGGACACAAGCUCAGCCCUGCUCAUUAAUGACUCGUGCAGGCAGACCUUUUUAAACAAGGAUUGUGCAAGAUGGCCAAACUUGUACCUUGCUGCUUUUUGGUCGCUUUGUUUAUUUGCACAGUCCAGUGCACCACCACAAGAUAUUUCACCUACGAAGAGGACUCACCGGGGACAGAAAUAGGCAACCUGUCCAGAGAUCUGAAGAUUAAUCCAGCUGAUGGACACGACACCUCCUUCCGCUUCAUGCAGGAGAAUAACUCCUCCGUGGUGCACAUGAGGGAGGCCGACGGGUUGCUGAGUGUGGCCGAGCUCAUCGACCGGGAGCUUCUGUGUCCUGACGGCUCCCCGCGGUGCUUCCUCACCUUCGACGUGGUUGCUCUCUCCAGAGACAAAUACCAGCUCAUCCACGUGGAGAUUGAAGUGCGGGACAUCAAUGACCAUGCGCCCGUGUUCGCACGCAACGACACCGGCUUGGAGAUCGUGGAGAACGAGCCCCUGGACUCCCGAUUCCCGCUGCCCAUCGCCGUGGACCCGGACGUGGGUGACAAUUACAUCCAGAGCUACAACAUCUCCCCCAGCAGCCACUUCACCGUGGAGAUGCGUCAGAGGGAGGACGGGGUUAAGAUUGCAGAGUUGGUUCUGGUGAGAGAGCUGGACCGGGAGAUGGAGGACUCCUAUGUAGUGGAGGUGACCGCCACCGAUGGAGGUGUGCCCGCUAAGUCUGGAUCAAUGACGGUUCGAAUCAAGGUGCUGGACUUCAACGACAACGGGCCUACUUUUGAGCACGGCUCCCUGAAGGUGGAGCUCAACGAGGACUCUCCGGUGGGCCACCGGGUGGUCGGAGUGCACGCCUUCGAUCCGGAUGAGGGCAUCAAUGGCGAGGUGAUGUACGCUUUUGACAGCAUCUCACCUGAAGCAGCACGCGUCUUCCACAUCGAUCCACACACGGGGUAUGUGACGCUCAGGGCUCGGGUGGACUUCGAGAGGAGGCGGUCCUAUGAGCUCCUCGUCAAGGCGUCAGAUUUAGGUGCCAGGCCCGCAUCGUCAAGCUGCAAAAUCUCCAUAGAGGUGCUGGACGUGAACGACAACGCGCCUGAGAUCAGCAUCAAGCCCAUGACCGCCAGCGCCGAUGCAGUGGCCUACAUCACUGAGGCAGCUGCAGCAGAGAGCUUCGUGGCUCUCAUCAGCACCGCAGACAGGGACUCCGGCUCCAAUGGGUACGUGCGUGUCAGUCUGCUCGGCCACGAGCAUUUCACCCUGCAGCAAGCCUAUGGCGAGACCUUCAUGAUAGUCACCACGUCCACUUUGGACCGGGAGAGGAUCCCUGAGUACAACCUGACUGUUGUUGCAGAAGAUUUGGGCAACCCUCCUUUUAAAACAGUAAGACAGUACACCAUCAGGGUGACUGAUGAGAACGACAACCCCCCUCUGUUCAGUAAGUCAGUGUAUGAGGUGUCCGUCAUAGAGAACAACAUCCCCGGCUCUUAUGUCACCACUGUCGUGGCUCGUGAUCCCGAUGUGGGCAAGAACGCCAAAGUCUCCUACAAGCUUUUAGACUCCGAGGUGCCAGGAGGGUCACCAGUGUCUGCCUAUGUCUCCGUGGACACCCAAACGGGCUCCUUGUACACUGUCAGGUCUUUUGAUUAUGAGAGCAUCCAGGAAGUGGAGCUGGUCAUCCAAGCUGAAGACAAAGGUGUCCCCUCGCUGUCCAGCACCUCAACAAUCAAGAUCCGAGUCGUAGACCAGAAUGACAACUACCCUUACUUCACCUUUCCGGUUCUCUUUAAUGACUCUGCCGACAUCCCGCUGCCCUUGAACGCCCCUUCAUCCUAUCUGGCCUUGCGUCUCUCCGCUGAAGACAUGGACGAGGGUGUGAAUGGCGAGCUGUCAUACCACAUGCUUCAAGGCGACCACAAGCUUUUCACCAUCAACAAAGACACAGGAGAGAUCGCCCUCAAGCAGUGGCUGGCGGCCCGAAUCGGGGACACAUUGGAGCUCGUUGUGGCCGUGAGCGACCACGGACGCUCUCCGCUCUCCAGCAGCGCCACCGUCCGCUUCGUGGUCACCGACACGGAGCCCUCAGAGGACCAGGCGGUGGUGUUCUUACAUUCGGGCGACGAUGAAGAAGGCCUCAUGGCAGGGUUGGACGGGUCGCUGGUUGUCAUCAUCGUGCUCAGCGGGGGGUGCGCUCUGUUGCUGGUCGCCAUUGUUGCCGUUGCUGUCAAGUGCAGAGUGGGACGCAACAGCGGAGGGGUCUCCAAAAGGGAGGCACGGCACAGUUUGUUUGAGGGUAGGCCGCCCAUGGGGUCAGCGCAUGGCAACAUUUACACUGGCCAGAGGGGUUUCUUCCUUGAGAGGACGUCCUCUAGUCUGGAUGACUCCUGCUUGUAUGAGGAGAGGAGCAGCGACUCUGAGUCAAAGAUGUUCCUGCCCUCAAAGCUUUUCCAAACAUCUGCAUGGCAAGGCGACAAAUACUGCUUGCAAGUGAGUGGCAUCGGCAACACGGACCAACUGAGCGUGAAGGACAGCGGCAAAGGGGACAGUGACUUCAAUGACUCCGACUCUGACAUCAGUGGAGAUGGAGGCAAGAGGAGCUUCAGCACCUUUCACCCCAAACAGAAAAGUUCAUCCAGCACUGCUAACAGUUUAGGGGGGGAUUGCCAGGGCACCUACUGUGCGAUACCACCACAGUGCUUCAGGACCCCCAGAGACUUGGCGUACACAAGCGGUUUCUCCCCAGCGACACUUUUCAAUGAUCUGCACCGCUACACCCACUCCUGGAAGGACUCCUCUUACGGUACCAAUCCUCAAAAAACACGGAGCGCCGUACAGACCUUCUCUGGUAGAACCCUCCCGCCGUACCUCCCCCAGGUUCACAAUGAGCCUCCGAUCCAGAAGCAGAGCCCAAAUAUUGUUACUGUAGCCACAGAGUUGGAGGUUGCCACGAUGUUUUGAAGUGGAACCGCAUGUACAUUUUUGUAAAAAGACAACAGCAUUCAUUGUAUAGCAUCGUCUAAGAGUGUAAGUAUAUACUGGAAGUAUAUUUGUAUCUAAACGAGUCUUCUAUCUUGUCCUGUGAC